UCAUACGUGCAUGCCCACAUAGCAAAGACUUCUCUUUUGCGAGUGAGGAAGGCAGUGCGGAUGAUGACCUGACUGACAGAUAUCAGUGGCUUGCUGCUGUAGACUAGACAGGUUUCCGGAUUACUGCUUCAACGUGUUUUUCACUUCUCCGCACAAUGAAGGAUCAAAACUACGGCGACGAAGUUACAAAAAUACUGGAGGAGGCUCCCUCUGCUCGUAAAGCGCUUUUAGACAAUUACAACAAUUUACACAAAGUUGCGGAAUACUGCGAGAACAACUACCUGCAGUCUGGUAAUGACACCAAGAAAGCACUGGAGGAGACCAAAUCCUUUACCACCCAAUCCUUGGCUAGUGUGGCCUAUCAGAUCAACUCCCUGGCCUCUAAUGUCCUCAAACUGCUGGAUGCACAGACCUUUCAAGUCCGCAAGAUAGAGUCCUCCAUCAACCAGAUUGGACAGACAUUGGACAUGCACAGAGACAAAGUGGCACGUCGGGAGAUUGGGGUGUUCACAGUUCCCAAGAGGGUUCCACGCAGUCACAAGAUUGUCCCUCCGGCAAAAAGCACAGAGGCCAAGCCCAAGUAUUCACGCACACCCAUCUCCUUCUCCAUCCUGGACUCUGUGGGUCAUGGCAUUAAGGAUUCUGGACAGCCACAGUUAAAAACUGCUACCAUGACACGUAGCAGCAGCACGCUGAGUCGAAGCAGCCGUCCUCCGGAGCCUGUCCAAUGUCCUGUGGCACCCACUUUGUCCCAUGGAGCAUCUGUCACUUCACUUAAUGAGAAAUCUUUUGCUUCUAGCUUCGGUAAAGCCGUACCACCUCCAAUAGUGCCCAGCUGGCCCACCAGCCCUGACGGUGACGUCAUCAUCACACUGCUGGAUCAAGGCCCACCCCCACCGCCUCCACCCUUUGAACUGGACCAGGGGCAAGAUACUGGUCCACCUCCUCCCUUUGACUGUACUGAUAUCCCACCUCCUCCUCCCAUUCCCACUUCAGCGAAUACAUCCGAUUCCAGCAGCCUGAAGAGCAUUCCACCUCCUCCACCAGCUCCACCUCUUGAAACAGUGACCGAGGAGAAUGGAUAUUCUCUACUGGGGCCUCCCAGUGACAUGCCUCCACCACCAGCUCCUGAUGGUUUUGAUCUUCCUGCUCCUCCACCUCUACCUGGUGAUGAGAACAUCGAAGCUCCGUGCCCUCGGCGGUCACGAGUACGUCGUCAUCCUCCUAGCACUCGCUCUCUUUCUCUAAGGGUCCGCAUGGGCCCCAGUGCUCGCUCUCUCUACACUCGCUCGCUUUUUCUGCCUCCUGCUCAAUCACUCAUGAUACCCCCACCCCCUCCAUACCCACCUCCUCUUGCUCCGGCCAUUUCGCAGAGCCCAUUGUGCAGGGUCCCUGCCCGCCUGGAGCACCUGGAUCUUGAGAUUCCUGCCCCGCCUCCAUCGCCACCAAUAGAUUUUGACAACUUUGAGGAAAUGCCCCCUCUACCGCCCCCUAUUGAUUACGACACAGCUGCACCUGCUGAUUAUUUGGAGAAAGUGGUGGCACUGUAUAGCUACGACACGGGCAAGCCGGGUGACUUGGUCUUUCAAGAAGGAGAUAUCAUCUACAUUACCAGCAGGAGGGAAGAUGGCUGGUGUGAGGGAGUUCUGAAUGGGGUAAUAGGGUAUUUUCCUGGCAACUACGUGGAGUCAACUGCCUAACUGGCUGUUAAAUUUAAUAAAUAUCUGUACAUAUACAGUUGUGCCCCAUGACACUUUGGCUGUAGGAUUCAUUGUUUAGUGCCUUAGAAAAACCUUCAUGCUGUGCACUGAAGUUUACUUGAGUAUGCCAACAUUAAUGUUGACUUUAUGUUUCCAACUGAAAUUAUGAAUUUAUUAAUGAUAUGGUAUGAAAUAUAAACUAUAAAUACCCUUCUAGUUUCAAGUUUAGUUUGGUUAUAAAUAAUACAAAGAUUUACUGAAAUCUCUCAGGACUUAUUCAGAAUCAUAUUUUUGCACAUUUAGCUUUAGUUCACCAGGCAGAUUGUUUGGUUAUUUCAGUAAACAUUGUUUUUUAUUUGUUUAAAAGGGUUACUGCAUGUGUACAGUAAAUAAUGGCGUAAUAUAUUUCUUGUUUUUUAUUCACUAGCUGUAAUAAAUAGUUUCCUAAUUGUAAAUCUUAAUGACAAAGUCACUGUUACUCAUGAGAAUGUUUUAAAGUAGGGGUGUAACAAUAUACUCAGCUCACGAUUCAAUAUGAUACACAAUACUCGGUUCACAAUUAGGAUUGUGGCAUAUUUGGACAAAGGAAAAAUAACAGAUUUACUUCUAAAACAUUAACAAUUUUCAAUAUAAUUUAAGGUUUAAUUGGACCAGCUAUAUUAAUUAAAUAACAUGAUCUUACAAUUAUUGAAAUAAAUCAAAUUAAAGAAAGAGAGAACUUCUUAAAGCAGUCAAAACAAAGUAAAACAUCAUUAUAUAUGUUGACACGUCAGAUGGCAGAUCAACCAAAAGGUUUAAAUCAGAUAUAAUAUCGUAAAACAAAAAACAAGGUUUUUUAUAUUGUGAUACGUGAUACAUUGAUAUAUAGUUACACCUUCAGUAGAAUGUAUAUGAAUAUAACAAUAAAUCAAAAUUCACUAUCUGUUGUGCCAAGUUUGCAUUCACAGUCCAUACAAUAAAAUUUUAUGUAAAUCUC